ACUAAAGUUCCUGUGGAAGUAAAGUAGAAUUUCAUAAGAACAUAAUGGAUGGAGAAGAGAAAACCUAUGGUGGCUGUGAAGGCCCUGAUGCCAUGUAUGUCAAAUUGAUAUCUUCGGAUGGUCAUGAAUUUAUUGUAAAAAGAGAACAUGCACUAACAUCUGGAACAAUAAAAGCCAUGUUGAGUGGCCCAGGUCAGUUUGCAAAGAACGAAACUAAUGAAGUCAAUUUUAGAGAGAUUCCUUCACAUGUGCUAUCAAAAGUAUGCAUGUAUUUUACCUACAAGGUUUGCUACACUAACAGCUCCACAGAGAUUCCUGAAUUCCCAAUUGCACCUGAAAUUGCACUGGAACUGCUGAUGGCUGCGAACUUCCUAGAUUGUUAAAUAAAAUAAAUUAUAAUAAACUGUUAACUUUUUUCAGUAUUUAA